AUGGCAUCCUACUAUGAGAUCCUAGACGUGCCGCCGACUGCCUCCGCAGAUGACAUCAAGAAGGCGUAUCGGCGCAAGGCUCUACAGUGGCACCCGGACAAGAACCCAGAUAAUAAGGAGUUUGCUGAGAAGAAGUUCAAGGAAGUGGCGGAGGCAUAUGAAGUGCUGUCAGACCAGCAUAAGCGAGAGAUCUAUGACCGCUAUGGCCGGGAAGGGCUGACUGGAGCAGGAACUGGCCCAUCUCGGGCGGAAGCUGGCAGUGGUGGGCCCGGCUUCACCUUCACCUUCCGCAGCCCCGAGGAGGUCUUCCGGGAGUUCUUCGGGACUGGAGACCCUUUCGCGGAGCUCUUUGAAGAAUUGAGCCCCUUCUCAGAUCUUCACAGCCGGGGUUCCCGACCCGCAGGCCCCUUCUUUGCCUUCUCGACCUCCUUCCCUGGACGUGCUAAUAUCUCCGCCUCGUCUUUCUCCUUCAGUCCUGGGGCUGGUGCUUUCCGCUCUGUUUCUACAUCCACCGCCAUUGUCCAAGGACACCGCAUCACGACACGCAGAAUCAUGGAGAACGGGCAGGAGCGGGUGGAAGUGGAGGAGGACGGGCAGCUGAAGUCCGUGUCAAUCAAUGGUAUCCCAGACGACCUGGAACUGGGCUUGGAGCUAAGCCGUCGGGAACAGCGCCAGGCUGUCACCUCCAGCUCUGGGGGCGCUCAGGUGCAGCAGCCCCCUGCCUCACGCCUUCUUGACAGCAGUCUCUUGGAUGAAGAUGAGGACAUGCAGCUUGCCAUGGCCUACAGCCUGUCAGAGAUGGAGGCAGCUGGGAAGAAACCAGCAGGAUAA